CUGGCAUGGAAGCUCACCACAUUCCAACUCCUCGAUUUCAAAGCAGAGGACGUCCUCGAGUGCUUGAAAGAAGAGAACAUCAUCGGAAAAGGCGGCGCCGGGAUCGUCUACCGCGGCUCCAUGCCGGACGGCGUCGACGUGGCGAUCAAGCGCAUCGUCGGCCGCGGAACCGGCCGAAGCGACCACGGAUUCUCUGCCGAGAUUCAGACCCUGGGCAGGAUCCGGCACCGAUACAUCGUUCGAUUGCUCGGCUACGUGUCGAACAAGGACACGAACUUGCUUCUCUACGAGUACAUGCCAAACAGGAGCUUGGGCGAGCUGCUCCAUGGAUCCAAAGGUGGGCAUUUACAGUGGCAGACCAGGUACAGAAUCGUCGUCGAGGCUGCCAAGGGGCUUUGCUACCUUCACCACGAUUGUUCUCCAUUGAUCAUCCAUCGAGACGUGAAGUCAAACAACAUAUUGCUGGAUUCCGAUUUCGAAGCUCACGUCGCCGAUUUCGGACUCGCCAAGGUCUUGCAAGAAGCCGGUGCUUCCGAGUGUAUGUCCUCCGUCGCCGGCUCCUACGACUACAUCGCACCAGCCGGGAGGAAGCCGGUGGGGGAAUUCAGCGAUGGCGUCGACAUAGUGAGGUGGGUGAGGAAGACGACGUCCGAGCUUGCUCAGCCGUCGGAUGCAGCCUCGGUGUUGGCGGUGAUCGAUCCUAGGUUGACCGGGUAUCCAUUGUUGGGUGUGGUUCAUCUGUUUAAGAUAGCUAUGAUGUGCGUGGAGGAUGAGAGCUCGGCCAAGCCGACGAUGAGGGAAGUCGUUCACAUGGUCACUAAUCCGCCGCAAUCCUCCCCGGACUUGGUUAUGCUGUGA